AACCAGAGCUGAAGAGGACAAUCAGCACUUAAGGAAAAAAAGUCGCACUUUUGGGGCCAAGAGCGGUGCCAUUUGGUGCCAAACGCGCAGACAGGCUGCAGACGGCUCUGCUGCCGCACCGAGACGGAGACGCCGCGACUCAGUGGUGCGCAGAGACACCAUAAAGAGAUUUUUUUCGUUGUUGUUAAAAUAAAAAGGCAACUCAAAGCCAGUUCUUCCACAACAAGGUCACCUUGAGAGGGAUUUAAAGGAGCAAUCAGCUGUGUUUGUCAUUUUUGCUGUGGAGAGGGAGCGCAGCAGUCUCUCCUUCUGGAUUUUAUUGCACAUAAAUUCACUUUCUUGCAUUUUGGGACUGCACCUGUGUCACCUGGACACGCCAUCACGCCCUGAUAGAUUUUUUGGGUGGUGGCAAUAAAGAAGAAAAAAGUGACCAGGCUUUUUGGAGGUGAAGACUUUGGCUCAGGGUCUCAGGGAGUGAUGGCGUCUGCACCCUCCUCCUCCUCCUCCUUUGGCGGCGAAGCGGAUCCAAACGCGACAAAUUUACGGCCGCCAGGCUCAAGCUAUGAUGCGUGGUGUGGAGUUGCUCAUGGAUGUACCCGAAAAUUGGGAAUGAAAAUAUGUGGAUUCCUGCAGAAGAACAACAGUUUGGAGGAGAGGAGCAGGAUCGUGAGCUCCAUCAAGGAGCGCGCGACCAAAGAUCUGCUGUCCUGCGAUAACACCGGAGGGGACGCGCGGUUUAAGCGCAUAGAGACCGACUUCUCCAAUUUGUAUGCCAGAGAGCUUUUGCCUGCCAAAAAUGGAGAAGAGCCCACCAUGCAGUUCCUGCUGGAGGUGGUGGAAAUCCUCACCAGCUACAUCAAGAAGACUUUUGACAAAUCCACCAAGGUCCUUGACUUCCACUAUCCUCACCAGCUGCUGGAGGGCAUAGAGGGCUUCAGUCUGGAGCUGCCCGACCAGCCCGAGUCUCUGGAGCAGAUCCUGGUGGACUGCAGGGACACCCUGAAAUAUGGCGUGAGAACAGGCCACCCCAGGUUCUUUAACCAGCUGUCUACUGGAAUAGACAUCGUGGGAUUGGCGGGAGAGUGGCUCACUUCCACAGCCAACACAAACAUGUUUACAUAUGAGAUUGCCCCAGUUUUUGUGCUGAUGGAGCAGCUGACGCUCAAAAAGAUGAGGGAGAUCGUUGGCUGGCCAAACGGAGAAGGCGAUGGAAUAUUCUCUCCAGGAGGAGCCAUUUCCAACAUGUACAGUGUGAUGAUCGCCAGAUACAAGUACUUCCCCGAAAUCAAGACCAAAGGCAUGGCGGCUGCACCUCGGCUAGUGCUCUUCACGUCGGAGCUGAGCCACUACUCCAUCAAGAAGGCGAGUGCAGCGCUGGGAUUUGGGACAGACAACCUGAUCCUUCUAAACACAGACGAGAGAGGAAGAGUUAUUCCUGCUGAUUUGGAGUCCAAAGUAACUGAGGCCAAACAAAAGGGAUACGUUCCGGUGUAUGUGAACGCCACCGCAGGGACCACCGUGUUCGGAGCCUUUGACCCCAUCAACGACAUCGCAGACAUCUGUGAAAAGUACAACAUGUGGCUUCAUGUGGACGCUGCAUGGGGAGGAGGUCUGCUGAUGUCCAGCAAACACAGACACAAGAUGAGCGGAAUCCACAGGGCUAACUCAGUCACCUGGAACCCUCACAAGAUGAUGGGAGUGCCUCUGCAGUGUUCUGCCAUUCUGGUCCGAGAGAGGGGGCUGUUGCAAGGCUGCAACUCCAUGUGUGCAGGUUACCUCUUCCAGCCAGACAAACAUUACGAUGUCACGUACGACACAGGAGACAAGGCCAUCCAGUGUGGACGACACGUCGACAUCUUUAAGUUUUGGCUCAUGUGGAAGGCAAAGGGAACGGUGGGAUUUGAGCAGCAAAUUGACAAGUGCCUGGACCUGUCAGCAUACCUCUACAGUAAAAUUAAAAACAGAGAAGGCUUCCAGAUGGUGUUCAAUGGAGAGCCACAGCACACUAAUGUCUGCUUUUGGUACCUUCCGCUGAGCCUGCGCCACUUGCCCGAUGGUGAGGAAAAACGCGAGAGACUGCACAAGGUGGCUCCAAAGAUCAAGGCGAUGAUGAUGGAGUCGGGCACCACGAUGGUGGGUUACCAGCCACAAGGAGACCAGGUCAACUUCUUCCGCAUGGUGAUCUCCAACCCUGCUGCCACCAGGUCAGACAUUGACUUCCUGGUUGAGGAGAUCGAGCGGCUGGGCCAGGACUUGUAGAGCUAACCCUCGUGUAUUUUCCAACUUUGAGCCUCAAGCUUGGCUUUUUGUCCCUCCAUCUUAUGUCGACGUCGACAUUUUUGCCCAUAGAUCGUCAUGGCGAUGAACAGUAACAAACCCUGUGUGCUUCUGCCUUUUCUGUAUUUAGCUGUAUUUAAAACAUUUGCACACAAAGAUAGAUUAGAAAAGGAAAAAGUUAAGCACAUUCUUGUUUAGAUUAAUGACAAAUGGGACUAAAUCACAUCGUUAGGGUUUAACUUUAAUUGAUAAUUUAAUUUGUUGUCCUUAAAUUGUUUCCAUAAGAAGUGGAGACAUUUUGGAAAAACUUUGAAGUUUGAGCGAUAAAAAAGCAUGCAAACAUGUUCAGUAUGAGAUAAACUGUUACACUCUAAAAAAUAAAGGCUGGCUUUACUUAGCCUUGUCAUGUAAACUGGUUCCAUUAAACCCAGUGCAUUAAUGCAUUAAUGCAGAGUAAUCUGAGAAAAAGCAGAAAACCAGUGUUGGAAAUAUUGUAACAUCUAGGAUAAAACUGAAGAAACAUCAUGGUAAAAAUAACAGAUUUGUUGCUUGUAAAGAAAAGAGAAUCUAAAAAUGUAACUCUGGGUUUAAAGGAUUUGGAUCUGAUGCACUCGCACUUUUUUGGAAACAUUUAAACAUCGUGCAACUCUGAGAAAUGUUUUUUAGUUUAUCAGUACUGGAAACAGAAUCGCACACAAAUUUUUUUCCGCACGGAAUAUUUUAUCAUUUCACCCAAAACUGUAUUGAUACACACAAAUAAUAUGUAAUUCUAAGUAUCUGUGACGUAAUUGUUAAACCAUUUGCACCACAGCAUCACCGCUGGAACAGACUGCUGUGUUUUUAGACGUUUCUGUAAAGUAUUGUUAACAUUGCCUUUGUGCGAAAUGUGUCCUAGUUUUACAGCAGACAAAUCCUAUUGAUAAAACAGCCAAAACAACACUAUAUAACAGAUUGAUGACUUCGUUUAUAUGACUUAUUGUGAAUAGAUGAUCUGCUCCUCCAUCACAUUUCAGUUUUUAUUUUUGCUUUUUGAGUAUUUGUGAACCAAAGAAGAGUUAAGUUACAUUCUUGUGUGUGGCCCGAUGUUUGUGUAAGAACGCUGCCUUUUCAUUUAGUGCAAUCGUGUAACUGUGCAAUGUCAUGGUCAGAUUGACUGCAAUCCGACUGCCAGUGCUUUGUUAAAGAUUAGGUAAAUCAUGUUAAUGGGCAGCUUUUGUUUUCUGGACACAUGAUUGUCUGUAUCAUAGUGUGUGAAAAUGGAGUAAAACUACAAUAUGCAAAUUUUUGUUGGGUACAACAUGCUUUCUAUAGGCACAUAAAAAAAUCUUAUGUGAUGAUUUUUCGUUCAGCAUUUUGCCUGAUGAAGGAAAUGCAAUAUUUGUUCUUGAACUAGAAUUAAUUAAACAUUCCUGAUUUAUUGGGAUGAAACAUUCCUUGUAGUAUUACAGAAUUAUAUAACUGGUGUACCAAUAAACCAAUAAAAAUGUGAGCAUA